CAAGUGUCCAUGUGCGGGCUGACACGUGAACGAAAAACCGCGGAAACGCGUAUUUUAGAUAAUAAAGUGUAAAAUAGAGACAAAAUGGACGAGCCGGUUCGUAAAUCAAAGAGAGCGCGCAAGCGAAAAUUGCAAGAUGAAGAGGAAACGUCGACGAAGAAUGCGAAAAUCGACCGUGUCGAGGAAACGAGCGUAGUAUCGCAACAAACUACUGAUUCCGAAGAAAAUAACGCGGACAACAAUGUUACCGGCGUCGAAGAUCAGAAUGAAUUUAACGGACAGUUUCUGAAAACGGAACUUUCGUCCUCCUCUUCCACCGCUGAUGGUUUAAACGCUCUUAGAAAAUUCGUAACUAUAUGCAAGGAAAACAAAACGAGAAAUCUGACGGCGGAAUAUCUGCUCGCCGGUGGCAAUGUUCUCGAAGUUAUCAAGUUGUUGGAUUCCGAUAGAAAGAACAUGGGUAACGCCGUCACAGUUUUCUCGGCAGUCAAUAUUUUAAUCAUGAAGAUCUUGGCCGAGCAUCCUCAGUACCUGGACAGCACGGUGGAAGCUUGUCGCCACUUGCUAAACUCGCAUAUGUCUGUUGUGUAUUCCAUGCUUUCGCCGCAGAGCAAUGUCAAGCAGCGCAAAGUUGUGCUAAAGGCGCUUACGGCGAUAGUGUCUCUGGACAACAGUCUGGCCAGAGAGCUGCUCAUUCAUCUGUCACUGCAACGCCAGACAAUGGAGAAUCUGGUGCAACACACCAAGCCCGCAGACCCUCAAAAUGUUAGAACGUGUUUUAUUCAUUUUGUUCUUGCUUUCCUUGUGGAAGCGAGCGCGCCAGUAAUCAGGAUGUUGUUGGACAAGCACUAUCUACUUUCUCGUAUCUUUCCCGAUAUGCUGUACGAUUCGCAAGAUGUAGUUGUUUUGGUUCUAACUGUUGUGAGGAAAUACGUGCUGGAGAACAACGACAUUAGCAAAACCAUGAAGAUGCAUGUGUUCUCCACAAGUGUUGUGUUGAAUUUGUUGUCGCUGUACAAUUGGAAGGGUCCAAACAAUUGGAGCAAAAAGACCAAGAAGAACAAAACUCAGAGUACUGACGAAAGCGAGGCGUUUUUAUCUGACAAAGAGAUUGUCACGAAUACGGUUCACGAGUUUUUAAUCACUCUGCUGACAUCGCAUCGUCACGGAAUUAUCUUCCACGACCGAACGUUGGGCAGUUCGCAAAACAAACACAAUCAGCUGUUGUAUACGGUUCUUCAGAAUGUUGAAAAACCUUGGGAACACAAAAAGCCGUCAGAGCUGGUCGUUAAAAUAAUGGCCGCGUGUCCGGAUCUUAUUCGUUCGAUAUACAACGCUGUAGAGCCAUUUCUUGAACCGCGAGUAUCUCCCAAGUGGAUUUGUCUUCUCAAAUUUAUCGAGAAGAUAAUUACAUCAGUUGACUGGGUCAGUCAUGUGAAAAAUCCUAAAAUUUGCGGUUCGGAUGUGUAUGUUCAAACGGGCUUGAAAAGAACAAUUCUGUCAUUGACACUUCCAAGCGUAGUAAUGAAAACUGCCAUUCUACCGGGAUUAGAUCACGACGAUCUUGUUGUUAGACACGAAGUCUUGAAUCUUCUCUUGGCGAUGGUUCAACAGCUGAAAAUCAUUUCUUCGACAACAAAUCGCUUUAUCUUUCGAGGACACUUAACGGAUUUUAUUCUGGGUAUUAUUCCUAACGCGGAAAUGAUUCUACGAACGUGGAAUCGAGUCUUCGAAGCUGGCUCCGAUGCAAACGCUCCGGAAAACGUAGAAGAUAUCGAAUAUCCAGAAAUACUAGAUCAUCUCGACGUCAUUUUGAACGUUCUUUGCGCGUACAAAGAUGUGUGUCCGGAAUUGUUGGAUGGUUUAACACAUUCGCAGUCGAGUCUGUUGUUAUCGACCUUAAAUAAUCUUCAAAGUGAUAAAAGAUACGAAGAAAAAAAUGAAGCGGAGAAAAUAAACCGUAUGAAAGUCAAGACGAUACACUUUCUACUUGGCUUCGAUCUCUCCAUCUUUGCGCCCAAAGAGAAGAUGUUCAAAGAUGCUCUUCUCUUUCUAAUAACGUUGAUACAUCAAAAAGCGACGCCGGAAAAUUUUGACACCAUCAGAACUUUAUUGAACGCUACCGGUCUGUUUGAAGGUUGCGAGGAUCAACUGGACAUUUGGAUCAAUGGGUUUCUGGUGGUGCAAAAUCCCGAAGAAUUGAUACCGUGGUUCAUGUCCGUUCUUAAAAACGCCAUUAAACACACUUAUAGAUAUAUAGAUCAAAUAACACAAGCGGAAAAAACGCUAAGCGAUCAGAUGGCCAAUCUGGAUGUUGAAAAAGCAGACGACAUAAUUAAUUAUUUGUUUGACAAAGCUAACAAACCUCACGAUCCUUCUAACGAGAAGCUUUAUAGAAAAAAGAAUUAUAUUGCGACAAAGCGCAUGUGUGAAAAAGAUUGCGAGAAAAAGAAAACUGAGAGUGAGAUCACUCGGCUGCUGAAUAAAACGAAUCCUAAGGAGUUUCCUCUUUAUGUUAAUAACCAUUUUUGUGAUAGAGUUCUUUCCGCAUCGACUCAAGUUAAUGGACAAAGAGAUCGUUCUGGUCUAGAUUGUGUAAAUAAUUUUUGCACAGCUGUGUCGCCGCUUUUAUACUGCGCGCUUCAAGAAAUAAACAAGAAAAGUUGUUCCAGCGCUAAUUCAGACUACUUGUCUUACGUGAUGGUCCAUACGUUACAUCAUCAGGUUGUUCCGAAUCUGUUGGUUCACUUGGCCACAGAUUCGACCGAUCUUCCGGUUUACAAAUACUUAAAAAGCUGGUCGAAUGACAACCAACCAAUUUCCCUGAAGGAUAAGUUGCCGUUCUUAAAGUUACCGCACAAAAUAAGCAACAUGUUGCUGGCGGAUAGCAAAUUGGACAUGACCAAGUUUUUAAAAGCGUUCAACGAUGGCGAUUUAACGUGUUGUUUCAAAUACAACGACGAGGAAGUCAUUAUCAGACAUUCCUUGUCUCUGUACGACAGCACACUGCUGUUGAGAAUGACCGUUUUUUACUUGGCGCAGUUGGCACGACGUGGGAUCUUGCAACAGGCUCAGAAAGAAAAUUGCGAAUUCGUGCUGGUGUCUGUUUUAAAUAUAGCGCAAUCUACUCGAGAAGACAAAGAAGAGUUCGACAAAAACAUAUGUAUUUUCACUCAUCCCAUUCUGUUGCGCCACUUCUCACUGUUUUGCGAGGAAUCUUCGAUAGAAAAUAUGAUCACCCAAACCAUGUUGAGGGUCUCCAAGGCUGUUGUGUCUUUGUACGAUAAACACGACGAUGAAAAACUUUACAAUAUCUUUUUCGGAAUCAGAAAUAAAUUCGUCUCAGAAUUGGAGAGUGUUGUUGAAACAAAUCCUCUGGAAGUUCGCGACAAUAAAUGCGACGUUGUUAUCGCGUCGCUUGAAAUAUUGCAGCUGAGCGUGCAGGACAUCGCAAGUUUGUUGCUUGCUCUAGUAAAUCUAGAAAAGAUUGUAUUCACUUCGAGCGAUGAACAAAACUUGUCCGUGUUCGGACGUAUCGUUCCAAUAUUGUUGAACAUGUAUUGCAGCAAGUCGCCGUCCGCCGAGUUGACCGACCAGUUUGUAAAGAGGUUGAGCUUGCAUCUGGUACAUCUGAAGACCGAUCGAGUAGACGUGGCAAGUUGGGAAGAAGCUUUGACGAGAUAUUUGACCAUCUUUCCAUGCGAUAUUGCCGAUGUUAGCGGCGAUGUUUUCGGAUUGUUGUUAACACGAAGCAUUAGCAAAUCCACGAUCCGGCUGAUCGCGCUGUUGAUCGACAAAAAUACCGAACUGAUACCGUCGUUGGUAAAGUACUUUCUCAAAACGGAGAACAUAAAGCAGCGAGACGUCGUGUUUCCAAUAUUGGGCAGCAACUUGAGAUACAAGUGGAACAAACAGUUUCUUCGACGUCUUUAUAAGUGUUACAACAAAGAUAUCGCUGCUUAUUUAACCGAUCCGCAGAAUUCUGUAUCCUGGAUCGAAGAGAACGCAACGGCGAUCGCUCAUCUCAUUGAGAACACUUUCGAUAUUGGUCUGUGCAAGAAAAUUUGCGACGUUAUUUCCCAAAGUGGCAACAAAUUGGACACGGUGUCCGUUUGUUUCGUAGAAUUGUUGGAAAGUUUGUACAAGAGAUACGAAAGUCUGGCGACGCUCAAGGAGAAGCCGCUGACGGAUUUAAUACUGAUGCUGUUGCACGUGGCAACACUUGCGUUGAAAAAGGAGUCGAAGAACGUGGAAAAAAUCAAAUUCUUGUACAAAAAGUUGGACGACACGAUGAUUCGUCUGAAGAAGAUCAGGUGUGACUUCACAUUUGCGUCACUGAGCAACAGCAACUCGUGGCCGCAAUUCACCAGGUUUUCUCUCAAGUUGGGUAUGAAAAAUCCCGAGGACGAUCGCACGCAGAUAAAUAUAUUAAAAACUCUGAGCAAUUUGUGUGAUGUUGCGUACAAAGACAAUUUUGACGACGAGUACGCUAAGACGUUAUUCGAAAUGACAACAUCACAUUCGGAGUUUGUUAAUAUCAUGCUCGGAUCGUCCACUGUUAAAGGUGAUCUGGUCGAAUUGCUGAGGAUACUCACUCGAAAGAAUCGUUCGGUAAUAAGCGUCUCGCACGUGCCUGUUUAUCUUGCCGCUUACAGCGCUACCCUCAGCUAUGUUGAUCAACGCAUUUUACAGAUUCUUCAACAUUACGAAUCUCACGACGUCAAUCUUCAGCAGUACUGGCCGUAUUUGUGGGGAAACGCCGCGGCAACGCGUUAUAGCGUAAGAGGAAAGACGGAUACCGCUCUCUGGAGACAACCGUCCACUUCCGAGAUCUUCAACUUGUUCGACAAGGACAUCGUCGGUGAAACUAUAACAAAUUAUCCUGUACAUAGAGCGUUAAAAGAUGAUAAGUUGCAUGAGAAUAGUAACGUGUACGAUCCAGCAUUUUACUUGCCGCUGUUGUGUUCUUUAUUGGCGGAGAACAAUAUUGUCGCUUGUCACAGGAUAAAUCAGACUGGCGCGUUAGCGUUAGCGCUAGCCUCGUGCUGCAGCAGUUCCAAUGAUGUUCGAAUGAUAGCGUACACCAUCAUUUCUAGAUACUACUUCCAUUUGGAAGCGUCUAAGUCCAAAGAGAAGAAGUUAUGGAUGCGUUUGAUUGACGUUUUACGAAACGGCAUUACGUCCUUAAAUGGUUCACUGAAAGAUACUCGUUUAAGUUGUCUGGUUACCACUUUCCUGGCCAGAGCUUCGCUGAUCGCUACUCAACCUCUCCAUCCGCUCUAUCUGCCGUUGCAGACAUUUCUGAUGGCUAAAGCCGCUCUUGAUCUGAACACUAUACCUGAAUUGCUGCCGUUGUUGCACAGCUCUCACGUGGAGCACAAAGCGCAUCGUCACUGGAUCCUGGAAAAUAUUCGAGACGGCAUGAGGGAGGAGAGCGACGUGAAUGUAGCACUGAAAUGCUUUGCGUUCAAGAUGCUCUUAGACUUUUACACCAGUACACUGUCAGAUGCAAAGACCAAGAAACUGAUAUUGGAAGUCAUUGUUUCCGCCACCAGAAUCCCCAGCGCGUCCCUGCUUCUUAUGCGGGGAUACGGUUUGCUUUCUUGGUUGUACGAAAUUACCACCUACUGCAACAGUAAUACGUACAUGAACAUUAUGGUUUUAAUUGAAAAUCUAUUGAACAGUUUGGAAAACUUGACGGAAGACACCACUCACUAUAAAUUCAUGUUGCACAACAGUGUUUUACAGUUGCAACAGCGAUCAAACGAGAUAUCAAAAUUAUAAAAUUUAUGUGUUUAACUGCAUUU